AUGGAUAGCACAGUUUGGGAAGUGUCCAAAGUUUUUGGCAAGAUAGAGACGAGGGCAUUGAUGCUGUCUCAAGAGAGGGAGUCAUUCACAGGGCUGCAUAACGUAGCAAAACAUAUCGUUCAUCUUCAAGAAAGCUGCGACGCUACGUAUCUGAUCGUGCAGAAAGUCCUCGCACACUUCAAGCUACUCCAAAGCAAAGCCUCCGAUGAGAACAAGGUACUCAUGGAGAGUACAUGGGGAAUGUUGACACAGGUGGAAACCAGUUUUGAAACGGUUAAUUUGAGGCUGAGAAGCUUAGAUAGAAGGAUGCAAAGUGUCAUUGCCUUAUCGUUCCAUCUCGUGGCCGCCGAAGGGAAUCGCAUCAUGCAGUCUGACAGCAACACGAUGACUACCAUCGGAUUGGUGACGUUAAUAUUCUUGCCACUCACUACUGUAUCGACUAUCUUUGGGAGCCAAUUCUUUGGUGUAUCAGAUGAAGACGACUCGCUCACAGUAUCGAAAGACUUUUGGAUAUUUUGGGUCAUCUCCAUUCCUGUGACGGUCAUUGUGGUAGGGGCAUGGUACGCUGUGAAAUGGAGGCGCUUCGAACUUGCGACCAGAAACAAACAAAUAAUGGCAAGACAGCACCAGGUCACUGAGAAAUAUGGGGCUUGA